AUGCGGCACUUUGGACCUUCCAUAGCACAUUUUCCCCUGAGCGCUAACCAACUGCGCUUCAAAGCAUCGCACAUUCGAAUAGCCAACCGCAAACGGGUAGAAAUGUUCGUAGCGAAGCGUUUCCACCUCCCAACACGACUUGCAACGGCUGCACCGGACAUCGCAGCAGAAUGGCAUGAUGAACUCAAUCCAAUGCACAUGUAUCCGGCAAUUAUUGGAAUUGGUCACGUGCAGCCGGUAUGGUGGAAGUGCGCCAUUUGCAGCCAUUCGUAUCAAAUGAGUGUUGAGAAACGUGUAGUGCGGGGUGGCGGCUGCCCUCAGUGUGUAGUUAAUGGGAAGCGAGCGGUAGCAGAUGGAGCGCUUGAAGGGGAAAUGGAUUCGCAGUUGCGGCCAAAGAGGCCCGUCAUGUUCAACAUGCGUACAAAGUACUGA